AUGCUCUUCUCUGCCGCGCUCCCUUUGGUUGUUGCCGCGGUCUCUGUGGUACCCAGCGUGCUCGCUGUCACGGUUCCGAGCGACUCCUACUCUACAGCUCUCCACCGUAGUCAGAUCGAUCAGGUAUCUGCACGGGAUGUAGAAGGACUAUAUGGACGUGCCCGUCAUUCCAGUCACUACGGCCCUUACGUCAUUCCCCAGGCAGUAAUUCCCCAGGCAGUAAUUCCCCAGGCAGUCAUUCCUCAGGCAGUCAUUCCCCAUGCUGUCAUUCCCCCCGUCAUUCCUCAUGUGGUUCCUCCAAGGGUGCCCAGCGGCCCCAAGAUCCACCAGCCGAAACCUGUCAAAGCGGCCAGCAAACCGGCUUGGCUGAGGAGCAACCACCAGAGCCGUGAGCUUCUCAUUCGGGAGUUAGUGGGCGAGCUGAUGCAGCGAGAGUACGAUGACUUGUGGGCUCGGAUGGAUGAAGUGGAUGGGCUCGACUGA